AAAGCCAUGGAUAAAAGCAUGUCAGUGAUGCAGAGGUUGGCUGCCUAAUUAUUAGGUCGUUGGCUGCCAGUGUGACAGUACCUGACAGUUGUGGUGGCUGCUGAUUAUUUGAAUUUGUUCGGUUGGAUUUGGAUUGAUUGAGUGAGAAGAGUUUUGCGUCCAAAAAACAAUUUAUUGUAUUGUGAAGUAGUGUUACCUACUAAUCCAGAGAAAUGAGUGUAAUCGAAGAGUGGAGUUUUCAAAAUAACAUUCGUGAUAUUGAUGUAGAUCUUUUCGAUAACUUUGCGCAAGUAAUAAACAUCAAAAGAGAUAACAUUCUCAUAUUACUUGAUGAUGGUUUCAAAGUACAAAAAUGUAUUUUCAACGGUACGAUAAAUUAUAAUAAUGAUGACGAGCUUCAGAUUUUGAACGAACAAAAUAAGCAAUUGAGGUGUGACAUCGAAUCUAAAAUUGAAGAACUCGGUCGACAGCAAAAUAAAUAUGAAAGUUAUAAAAGAGAUCAGAAGCUUCUCUCACAAGAAGUCAAGGAAACUCAUGAAGCUUUCUUGAUGGCUAAAAAAUGUUACAAGAAGUUUUUAAGAGUAUAUUAUUCAAUAGAAAAGCGGAAUAAAGACAAACAAACAAUAUUUUUUCAAUUUUUUACCGAAUCUAAGAAGGAUGCUGAAAACUAUUCAGUCCGUUUGAUUCGUGAUUCUAAGUCCGGAUAUUAUGAAUUGUUGAGUACAACUCCAAAGCUGAACUCUCUAAAAGAACUGCAGAGGAGAUUGAAAGAAACCAAUGAUGUUCCUGGAAUUAUGUGCAGUAUAAGACAAGCUUUUGUUGUAAUUAAAGAAAAUAAACAUUAAUUUUUUAUAAUGUAACAACAACAACGAAAAUUGUAAAUGUGGUAAAGAAUACAUUUAGGUGAGAGAUC